AUGGCAGAUUUAGCGAAACCGAGAAAGAUACGAGGAGGUCAUCGUGGUUAUUUAACCAAGAUACUCGCUCAAGCUACAGGGAUGUUAGAGAACUUCAACGAGGAACUUCGAAUUGAAGCUUCUCAGCUUAGGGAAGGUAUAGUUGACGCUGUAACAAACAUACAGAAACUCGAUGAUGAAAUUGUUGAGCUAAUUGCGAGCGACGAGGAUUCGACCGAAGAGGACAUUAUGAAAGAGAUCGAGGAUGCGGGAAAAUUGAGAGCGGACGCUAGAAAGAUUGUGAAAAAGCUUGACGAGAAAUUGUGUGAGAAUAAUGUUACCUCCGUUGUGGAAUCAAGUGCUGGGUCAACGUCGAAUGAGUCGGUAAUGACUGCGAGUAAAGUUCGAGCCAAGUUACCGAAAUUGGAAGUUAAAAGAUUUAAAGGGAACGUGUGCAAAUGGCAAGAGUUUUGGGACUCGUUCGAGAGUUCAGUACAUUUGAAUGACGGUUUAUCUGACGUAGAUAAAUUUAACUAUCUUCGAGGGCUUUUAGAAGAGCCAGCAAAAUCAUGUAUCGCGGGAUUUUCGUUGACUGCGGCGAAUUACAAGUCGGCUGUUGAUAUUUUAAAGGAACGUUACGGGAAAAAGUCAGCCGUGCAACGUGCACAUAUGCAGCAGUUGAUGAAAGCCGAGCGUGUUAAGGAUGAGAAAGAUCUGGUGUCACUGCGACGUUUAUGUGAUCGUGUUGAGACACACUACAGGGGUUUAGAGGCGCUGGGUAUCGAGAAAAAUACGUAUUCGUCGAUUGUUGUGCCUCAUAUAUUGGAUUGUUUACCCGAGUAUGUGCGGUUAAUCAUCACAAGGGAAAAGGACUUCCAUGAGUGGGAUGUAGAGAAUCUACUAGAGCCUUUGAAAAGGGAGAUUGAAUUGCGGGAAGAACAUCGCGAGCCAGAGCGCAAGGGUAGUCGAGAGUUUGUCGAACGCUCAAGCUGGAAACGAAGUCCGUCGUCGGCCCAAGCUUUACACACAAAGUCAAGAGUAGAAGCCUGCGCUUUCUGUUUGGGUAUGCAUCGCCAUGAAGACUGCAAUCGAGUGAACAGUAAGGAGAAACGUAAGGAACUUUUAGUAAAGUACUCUCGUUGUUUUAACUGUUUGAGAAAAGGCCAUUUGGCACGUAAUUGUAAUGUUAAAGUUAAUUGUAAUACUUGUAAAGGGGAGCAUCACACUGCUUUGUGUGAUCAGGGUAAGGUACAUAAAAGUAAGCCCAAGGGACCUGAGGCAGAUGGAGGGGAUAGGGAGGUAAGCACCACGUUAAUUGUAAGUCCAAAAAAUAGUAUAGUUUCUAAGUCUUGUUCUAAAGUUGUGUUGCAGACGGCUCAAGCAAUGUUGGUUGGCAAGAAAAGCGGUCGUGUGAGAGUGUUGUUGGACUCGGGGAGUCAGAGGACGUUUGUUACUGUUAAGGUUGCGAAAGCUCUUGGUUGCGAGGUUGUGCGUGUGGAAAACUUGAGCAUUGGGACGUUUGGGCAAAGGGCUUUGGAUUCUGAGUUGAGAAGUGUUGUGCGGUUAGAAUUGAAGUCUUUGUUUGGGAGCCAAGUUGUGUCUGUUGAGGCUUACGUUGUGCCAGAAAUAUCGGUGAUUAGGAAUCAACAUUUGGAGGUUGUGAGAGAAAAUUAUGCGCAUUUGAAGGAUCUUUGGUUGUCUGAUGUUUGUAAGUCGAGUGAGGACUUAGAAGUUGAUGUUCUUGUGGGUGCAGAUUAUUUGUGGUUGUUGCAAAGGGAUUGUGUAAGACGCGGUAAGCCCGGCGAACCUGUUGCGAUUGAUACUGUUCUUGGUUGGGUGGUUUCUGGGCCGAUCGGUGGGUUUGAUGUAGAUGAACCAGUUACUGCUCAGGUAACUCUUGUUUCUAGCGAAGUGCGAAACCCUUUGGUAGAUAUUACUAAAUUUUGGGAUUUAGAGAGCAUAGGGAUAAAAGAUCAGAAUAGUGAUGUGCAUGAAUCAGUGAUUAGUGAUUUAAAGUUUAGUGGUACACGUUAUUCAGUUGGCCUACCCUGGAGAGAAAGCCAGGAUCCCUUGCCCACUAACUAUGAAUUGAGUCUUAAGCGUAUGAAAGGACAGAUAAAGCGCCUGAACAAGGAUCCAGUAUUAUUAGGUGAGUAUGACUCCAUCAUAAAAGCGCAAGAAGAAGCAGGUGUUAUUGAAAAG